CUCGAAAGCUGGCCCGGUGAGGAAGACGAACUCAGUAACUAUCUUAAAAUCCGGGAAAAUUCAAGGUUUGGGAAAGAAUUAUUCUGGACUGGUCCUGAGAUCAAAAAAGAUCAAAAAAAGCGUAUUGCCGAAUACAGAGGACAAUUAGUCUCCACUGGCGAGCUUAUGCAUCGAAGAGAGGAACAAGAUGGCGAUAGUAUCACUAAGGGACACUUCAACUUUGAGGUCAAAUCUCUAUCAGGGCCUGAGAAACUGUGGCUUGAUUCAACAUACAAAGGCAGUGCUGCGAGGUUUGCAAACCAUAGUUGCAAGCCAAACUGCAACGUAAUCGAGUUUCUGGAUGGCCAUGGCCCCAGGCUGUUCCUCGAAACGGUCGAGCGUAUCAAAGUUGGAGACGCCAUUACCAUCAAAUACGGCAGACGGGUUCCUCCAACAUCUUUCAGGGUCACGGUUGGUCCAAUGAGGCAUGAUGAACCAGUCUGCUAUUGCGAUCAUGAAACAUGCCAGUGGCGGCUGUCUGACGCGAUACGCAAUUUGGAAACUUGGGUUCAAAAAGUGCCAGAGAAUUGGUCUAGAGAAAGAAUGGCAGAGGAACCCUUCCCUCGAGCCAUUGUAUUAAGCCUUCGGGGUGCCAGCCACACAAUUAAGGUUCAUGAUGGAAAUUGCGAACUUGGGAAUGAGAAGUUAACACUGUCGGAUGCUUGCGGUAAGGUCCUGCCUUCUCUUCUGCAAAUGCUAGGCCCGACCUUGGAUCAGAAUGGUAAUUAAACUCACGUGCUGGAAAAUAAUUAUUUUUUCUAAGAGCUAAUAACUCUUUACCUGGUAGCUGGUGUAAACCUCUAAUAG